AUGCGGCAGAGACAAGAUCAGAGGCGGCCCACCAUGGAGCGGGGCAUGCUUUUGCUCCUGUGUAUUGUCGGCCCUAGCAAGGUGAGCAUGCUGACCAUGAGUGACGGCUUCGAGUGUCGCCCUAACUCGCAGCCGUGGCAGGUGGCGCUGUUUGAGGGGACCACCCUGCACUGUGGGGGUGUCCUCAUAGACCGCCGGUGGGUCCUCACGGCAGCUCACUGCAAUUGCAGCAGGUACUGGGUGCGCCUGGGGGAGCACAGCCUCAGCCGACUGGACUGGACCGAGCAGAUCCGGCGCAGCGGCGUCUCCGUCCACGUGACCCGCAGCGCCCAGCCGCUGUCCCUGCCUGGGUCUUGUGCAGCGGCCGGCACCAAAUGCCUCGUCUCGGGCUGGGGCAUCACCAACCAUCCAUGGAGCCCAUUCCCAGACCGGCUCCAGUGCCUGAACAUCUCCAUCGUCCCCGAUGAUGUCUGCCGUGCUGUGUUCCCCGGGAAAAUCACAGACAACAUGGUGUGUGCAGGCGGCGUGGCCAGGAAGGAUGCCUGCCAGGGUGACUCUGGGGGCCCCCUGGUGUGUGGGGGAGUCCUUCAGGGUUUGGUGUCCUGGGGCUCUGUGGGGCCUUGCGGACAAGAAGGCAUCCCAGGCGUCUACACCAAGAUCUGCAGAUAUGUGGACUGGAUCCAGAUGGUCAUGAAAAGCAGUCCGCCUGCUCCGUCUACCCCCACCCUCAGCUCGGGGCCACUCUGAGCCUCAGGGCACCAACAGCUCCUCCAUCACUCCAGCUCCCAUUCUUCUCGGCCCAAGGAAUUUCUUCUUGGAAUUACAAAUCCAGCCAGCUCUUCUAAGGCCCAUGACUGGGAUCAGAGGACUGUGCGACUAUGUGGAAUAAAACAACUGAA